CAGAAAAAAGAAAGAAAAAGGAAAAAAGAUUCAUCUCUUCCUCCUCGUCUUGUCCCCUUCCCUCGUCGAAACCCUAGCUAGGCUCGCCGCCGGCGACGCCCGCCUCGCCGAUGCGCUCCCCCACCUGACCGCUCCGCCUCGCUCUCCCGGGUCGUCGUUGCCUCACCGCUGUGCCCGCCCACCCCCACCUGGGCAGCGGGCGGGAUCCAGUCCCAGAUCGGCGCCAUGUCCAAGGCCAGGGUCUACACCGACGUCAACGUGCUGCGCCCCAAGGAGUACUGGGACUACGAGGCCCUCACCGUCCAAUGGGGUGAGCAGGAUGAUUAUGAAGUUGUCAGGAAAGUUGGGAGAGGAAAAUACAGCGAGGUCUUUGAGGGUAUUAAUGUCAACAACAAUGAAAAAUGCAUUAUCAAAAUUCUCAAGCCUGUGAAGAAAAAGAAGAUCAAAAGAGAGAUAAAAAUACUUCAGAAUCUUUGUGGAGGUCCAAAUAUCGUGAAACUGCUUGAUAUUGUUAGAGAUCAGCACUCAAAAACACCAAGCUUGAUAUUUGAAUAUGUCAACAACACAGAUUUCAAAGUGCUAUACCCAACCCUGACAGAUUAUGACAUCCGUUAUUAUAUCUACGAGCUACUGAAGGCUUUAGAUUACUGCCAUUCACAAGGCAUCAUGCACCGCGAUGUGAAGCCUCACAAUGUUAUGAUAGAUCACGAGCUUCGAAAACUCCGAUUAAUAGACUGGGGCCUUGCUGAAUUCUACCACCCUGGCAAGGAAUAUAAUGUCCGUGUUGCUUCAAGGUACUUCAAGGGACCUGAGCUUCUUGUUGACUUGCAAGAUUAUGACUACUCUUUGGACAUGUGGAGUCUUGGUUGCAUGUUUGCUGGAAUGAUCUUCCGCAAGGAGCCAUUUUUCUAUGGUCAUGACAACCAUGAUCAACUUGUUAAGAUCGCAAAGGUACUUGGGACAGACAGCCUGAAUUCAUACUUGAACAAGUACCGUAUUGAGCUUGACCCACAGCUUGAAGCCCUCGUUGGAAGGCACAGCAGGAAACCUUGGUCAAAGUUUAUUAAUGCUGACAACCAACAUCUAGUAUCCCCAGAGGCCAUCGAUUUCCUUGACAAGCUUCUUCGCUAUGAUCACCAGGAUAGACUUACUGCACGUGAAGCUAUGGCACACCCAUACUUUCUCCAAGUGAGGGCUGCGGAGAACAGUAGGCCUCGUGCACAAUAGACAAAAGAACGGGACUAUUGCUGACUGUCGAUUAGCAGCAGUCAUGGAGCUGCACCGUAUUAGUGACUUAGUCCAGUCACUUGUAUUGGGAGUUUGAGAUUCGGUAAUGGUUGAAUCACCUGGCAAGAGGAUUCUGGGAGAGCAUGUAACAGCUCAUGUGUGCUUAACCGCAAACGUGGAUUGUGAUUUACUCGUGCUGUUUGUAUCUUUGUUUCUGACGAUUGAUUGAAACACAUUGUUCUCGUUGAGUAUAAAUGUUUUUUUUUAAUUUGCGAGUUGGUCCGUUUUAAGACUGAUUGUAAUGAUCAAUUAGCUGUACCUUAAUGGUUUUAUGCACCUUGACUUCGGACAUCA